GUUUCCUCUGUCAGUCAUCAUGCAGGGUGAGCAGGAACACUCUGAGUGGAUACUUCCUGGCUGGACGGGACAUGGCCUGGUGGCCGAUUGGAGCGUCUCUCUUUGCCAGUUCAGAGGGCUCCGGGUUGUUUAUUGGUCUGGCUGGGACCGGAGCUGCUGGAGGCAUCGCUGUCACUGGCUUUGAAUGGAAUGCCACCUAUGUGCUGCUGGCCCUGGCCUGGGUGUUUGUGCCUGUCUACAUCUCCUCAGGGAUUGUAACAAUGCCGGAGUACCUGGGCCGUCGUUUCGGAGGAGAGAGGAUCAGGACCUACCUGGCUGUCCUCUCGCUGCUGUUGUCUGUCUUCACAAAGAUAUCAACUGACCUGUACUCUGGAGCCUUGUUUGUCCAGGUGUGUCUGGGAUGGAACCUCUACCUGUCCACUGUCCUCAUGCUGGUCGUCACUGCUCUCUACACUAUUGCAGGUGGUCUUGCUGCUGUAAUCUACACCGACACUCUGCAGACAUUUGUCAUGAUUAUUGGAGCCAUCAUCCUAACAAUCACUGCUUUCAACAAGAUCGGCGGCUACGGCAACCUGGAGCGUGUGUACAGCAUGGCAGUGCCCAGUAAGAUCAUUCCUAACAGCACCUGCCACCUACCCCGUCAGGACGCCAUGCACCUGUUCAGAGACGCCGUCACUGGAGACCUGCCCUGGCCUGGCAUGACUCUGGGACUCACCAUACUGGCCACCUGGUACUGGUGCUCUGACCAGGUGAUUGUACAACGAUCCCUGUCUGCCAAGAACAUGAGUCAUGUGAAAGGAGCAUCAAUCCUGGCCGCCUAUCUUAAAAUGCUGCCGUUCAUCUUCAUCGUCCUUCCUGGAAUGAUCAGCCGAGCUCUCUAUCCAGACUCUGUGGGAUGUGUGGAUCCAGAAGAGUGUGUGCGCGUGUGUGGAGCUGAGGUUGGAUGCUCCAAUAUCGCCUUUCCCAAACUGGUCAUUGAACUCAUGCCAAGCGGCUUGAGGGGACUCAUGAUAGCAGUGAUGAUGGCUGCUCUGAUGUCCUCCCUGACUUCCAUCUUCAACAGCAGCUCCACUCUCUUCACCAUGGACAUCUGGAAAAAACAUCGUCCACGGGCCUCAGAGCGAGAGCUGCUACUGGUUGGCAGGAUCGUGACUGUGAUCUUGGUGGUGGUGAGCGUGGUGUGGAUCCCCAUCCUGCAGUCAGCCAACAGUGGCCAGCUGUAUGUUUACAUCCAGUCUGUGACUAGUUACCUCGCUCCGCCCGUCACUGCUGUCUUCACUCUGGCUGUUUUCUGGAAGAGGACCAAUGAGCAGGGGGCAUUCUGGGGCCUCAUGGUGGGGCUGGUGGUAGGUGUGUGCAGGAUGGUGCUGGAGUUUGCCUUCCCGCCUGCCAGAUGUGGCGUCCUGGACUCGGCUCCUGCAGUGCUGCGAAGCGUCCACUACCUCCAUUUCGCCAUCUUGUUGUGUGGGCUGACCACUAUCGUUGUGGUUAUAGUAACACUGCUUACACCACCACCCACUCACGAACAGAUUUGUAAUCUGACCUGGUGGACGAUAACUGAAGAGCCACAAAGAGAAAUUCCUCUUCAGAAAGUGUCCUCUGUCAGCCACCGUAGCUCCCAGGGCUCUGAGCCAACCCGCCGGGUUACAUGUGGUCAGGCUGCAGGACUGUGUAUCUCAGCAGCACGGCGGUCAGAGGAGACUCCAGCUCCCAGAGUGCUCAGCGUCAGAGAGAGCGUGUUCUGGUCCAGGUUCUGCUGCGCGAACGCUCUCCUGCUGGUUAGCAUUAACAUUUUUCUCUAUGCAUACUUUGCCUGAGUCAAGGAUCCGAUUUAACAUCCUGCCUCACCCUCGUGCUGAACUCCUGCCAGUCUUUCAAACAUGAACUGGAAACUCUGCCUGUCUGCCAAACAGUCACUGAUAUUUUUUUAGAUACAAGAAGGUGUAGAAGAAAACUGGGAUAUCCUUUAACAGAUUUAAGACAUACUUCAAAAUCAAAGCAAUGCAGUGGAUUAUGAGUGAAUCAUGCAGGUAUAGCUUCAGAUGAUGCACAUUUUAAACCAGACAAAAAGUCAGAGAGCACAUACCUCUGCUAAGGGCUGCACAAACCUCUAAUGGCUUAUUUUGGUUAGAAGAUGAUCUUAAUCAUCUCCACAUUUCUGUAAAAUUACACAUAAUGAGGGUAAAUCAUCAGAUUCACAUUGUCAAGUUUUUCAUUGAGUAGAAGUACAAUGCCGAGGGUCAAAAUGUGAACUAUCUCUAAAUGUUUCUGUGUUUUUUUUAAACCUCUUUCUUGGAUGUAAAGUAUUUCUACAGAUAUUUGAUCUUAUAUUUAUCAUCUUACUAACGCCCCAUUAUAGGACAUUGGGUUGCUCCAAAAUCCUCCGUUCCCAUUUUUGUGCACAAUAAAGCUUGUGGCUUUCAGCGAGCUAAAGCGAAUAUGCAGUAAAUGUUGGAUUAAACUGAUCACUCAAUAAAAGGGCAUUAAGAACGUACCAAACAUUGUAAGAUUAUACAGUGAGAAUGUAUUAGUGUUGUUUUGACUGUAUGUGAUUUGCGUAAAUAUAUACACUUUUGAGUCUAUAUUCUUAAUGGAAUUUCUUUAGUAAUGUCUGUGGCCUUAUGCAUGCUCAAAUAAAUCUGAAAUAUGUGCAUCAAA